UUCCUCGUGGUAACGUGAAGCGAUGCUUUUACGGGCGGUACUGGGAGGUACUCGAUUUUUGCUGGCACCUCGUAAAGGAAGUUCUUCUGGCCAGCAAUGUCUCCGGUGGUGGCAGCUCCUGCAGAAACGGACACAACACAGUGCAGUUUCAGAAGCAGCUUCACAUUCCAGAGUAGCAGUACCACCUGUACCCAAUGCUGUGACAGACCGAACAAUAGGACGUUGGCUCAUAAUUUGCAGCAGUACUGUGGCUGGAGCUGUGGUGCUUGGUGGCAUAACUAGAUUGACAGAAUCUGGGCUUUCGAUGGUUGACUGGCACUUAGUGCGGGAGAUGAAGCCUCCUCAAACACAGCAGGAAUGGGAGGCAGAAUUCCAAAAGUACCAGCAAUUUCCAGAGUUUAAAAUCCUGAACCACGAUAUGACACUUUCGGAGUUCAAAUUCAUCUGGUACAUGGAGUACUCACAUCGUAUGUGGGGGCGACUUGUGGGGUUGGUUUACAUCCUUCCAGCGGCCUACUUCUGGAGAAAGGGCUACCUGAAGCAAUCCUUGAAAGGUCAUGUCCUCACCCUCUGUGGGCUUGUCUGCUUUCAGGGUCUUUUGGGCUGGUAUAUGGUCAAAAGUGGAUUAGAGGAAAAGCCAGACUCUUAUGAUAUCCCUCGGGUCAGUCAGUACCGUCUAACUGCACAUCUUGGAUCUGCUCUUGUUCUUUACUGCUACAGCUUGUGGACUGGGCUAUCAUUGUUGCUACCACAAUAUGAGCUACCUAAAAUCCACCAACUACUACGCCUGAGAAGAUUUGCUUAUGGAACAUCAGGACUCAUCUUCCUCACUGCCCUCUCAGGAGCAUUUGUGGCUGGACUGGAUGCUGGUCUUGUAUAUAAUUCCUUUCCUAAGAUGGGAGAACGCUGGAUUCCUGAUGACCUCCUUGCUUUUUCCCCAAUGACAAAGAACAUAUUUGAGAAUCCCACAACAGUGCAAUUUGAUCACAGAAUCCUGGGCAUCGCCUCAGUUGCAGCCAUCACAGCUCUCUAUCUACUUUCCAGGAAGAUCUCACUCCCACGUAGAACUAGAAUGGCAUUUGCUUCCUUACUGACUGUAGCAUAUCUUCAGGUCACCCUGGGUAUCAGCACACUACUUCUGUAUGUCCCAACUCCUUUAGCAGCUACUCAUCAAUCAGGUUCUUUGAUGUUGCUGAGUAUGGCUGUGUGGCUAAUUCAUGAACUCAGAGGGAUUCCUAAAUAGUCUUACUCUCUUAGCCCAAGCAUUGAAAGUUUAGAAUUAAUGCCUUUGCAAUAUGUACCAUGAAAUUUGAAUUGAAUUGAAGAAGACAACUAUAUAGAGAAGUACCUUAGCUUCAUUGAUGUGGAAUAUAUUGCUUCAAAUGUCAUGAAUACAAACCAUCGUCUGUUUUGCUGACCUUUUUUCAUGUUAUAAAAUUACUGAGACCAUAUCUGUGGCAAGAACAAAGGAUUGUUUUAGCUGUUACUCCUGCAACACAAUAAAUUUCCUGCAAUUUAUUGAAGCUAUAACCACAAACAAUUUCAGUGGUCUCUAUGUUUAAAUUCUGUAUAUAAAAGAUGAUGGUAAGAUACAGCAUAGGAUUAUGGAAUGAAUGGCCUUGGAAAUUUGGAAGCAUUUGUAUUAUGUAAUGGAUGGGAAAAUACAAAGUUUAUAUUCUGAAUUGUAUGUAAUUGUGUGUUCUCAUGUUUCUUUGAGAGGAAUCAUGUUCAUUUUUAAAAAUAUUAACAUAUAGUGUAUUAUGAGAUUUCUAAAUAAACAUGA